UCUCGCCCAGAAAUUUUAUCUGACCAUGGUUUUCGCUCUGAUGGGCGCAAGUCGACUGAACUUCGAUCCCUGAACCUUGAAUUAGCAUCUCACACUCAGGCGGAUGGUAGCGCCACCGUCUCCCAUGGAUUAACAUCAGUUCUUGUAACCAUCCACGGCCCUAAAGAACCUCGAUUAAGGAGUUCUUCGGUACACGACCGAGCUACAAUUAAUGUUUCUGUGGAUGCACCAUCUUUCAGUGGACAGAGUUCACUCGGAAACAGAAGAGGUCGAGGGGACAAACGCAUGCUUGAAUUCGCAGCCAAUAUCAGAUCGACGUUCGAACCUGUGAUCCAAACAGCUUUGUAUCCUCGCUCCAACAUCGACAUCAACGUCCAGGUCUUGCAAUCUGACGGCUCGCUACUACAGACGGCCAUAAAUGCCACAACUCUCGCUCUUGUCGAUGCUGGCAUUGCGAUGACGGACUUGGUCUGCGCAAUCACUUGUGGCCUUUACGAUGCCACGCCCCUCCUUGAUCUCACCUCGAUCGAGGAAGCUGACAUACCCCAUCUCACUGUUGGUGUUCUACCCAGAUCUGGAAAGGCGAGUCUUGUGACGUUAGAGACCCAUGUGGUUGUGGACAGAUUCAUGGAGAUGCUGAGGUUGACUGGGGAAGCCGCGAACGCUAUACACGCAGAAAUGACAGGCGUGGUUCUUUUAAGAACAGAUAGACUUGCGUCCGCGAUGAGCAGUGGGGGGCAGCCUGUUGUUACCGGCGUUUCUAAAGUACCUAUGGAUGUAGAUUACGAGAUGAACGAACGCUAA